CGCGUGCGUGAUUUCAAACCCGGAAGCGUUCGCGUUGUAAACACAAACGUAGUUCGCUUCUAUCAAAGGCAGUCGAAAAAUGACAUGAACGUGACAUUUUAGUUUUGAGUGACUCCAUUGAUUUUAAGGCACGUACAAAACAAUUCCCUUGUUACUACGUCGUGUGAAAUUGACGAAGAUUCUUCAGGAUCAAGAUGUUAUAGACUAGUGACUAGUCUGACAAGUGCUUGUAAUAUGAACUCAGGAGGAAAGAUGGCACCUCGAAACAUGACGAACUCUGGGGUGAGAUACUCCAAACUGGCGAGCGAUGAUGAUGGAUACAUUGAUCUCCAGUUUAAGAGGAGCCCACCUAAAGUCCCUUAUAAAGCCAUCGCCCUGGCAACAGGCCUCUUCCUCAUCGGCACCAUACUGAUCAUCAUCGGCUCUCUCCUGUUAGCAGGAUACUUCGAAGUGAACGAUCACCGCGAUCGCACCAUCCCCGUUCUGAUCAUCGGAAUCCUUGUUUUCCUCCCUGGAUUUUACCACCUGCGCAUCGCCUACUAUGCUUCCAAGGGUUACCGAGGUUACUCCUACGAUGACAUCCCAGACUUUGAUGACUGAUGACAGCGGGGCACGGAGUCAGAGAUUUGAGCCUGGUUUAGAUGCAGCGGGACGCACCUGUCUGCUGUUGAUGUGUGCUGAAUUCAAAUGACUUUUUAUUUCAACUUCAUAGACUGAGAAUGUAGUUUGCAUUCAUUAAGCGGUAUGAUUAUUCAUGUAAUAAAAAGCAUUUUAUAUCAGAGAGAAUUCAUCUUCAGAGGUCACUGCUACAUUAGUAUUCUGUAGUGAGUAACUGGUGCAAAAUAAACUCUUGAUGUAUUUAACAGAAAAUUAUUUUCAGGUCAAGGUUGCUAUAAAUCUCUGGGUUUUGUUUUUUUACGGAUCAGUCUGAACAGAUCGAUGCUUCAAAGCAAGCUGUAGAAAUCAACUGUUGCUGUUGUGUACUAUUAAACAAAUACACUUGGCACAA